UCUGCGCACGCGCACUGCUCUCCCCGCCCCGUCGCUAUGGAGUCAGUCGGUGUCGGACCGGAAGCGGCUGUGGUACCGGGAAACGGACCGGAAACGGAGAACUGGGGACCGGAAGACGGAGAUAUCUUGGAGGAAGAGAUUUCUCGUCUUUUAGAGACCGGAGACACCGGAGGAGACCGAGCAGCAACCGGGAUGUCAGAAGACGACUGUUUACUAAAAAAGCUUGAGAUCAGUGUCUCGGAGGCAGAGAAACGGACUGGAAAAAAUGCCGUAAACAUGCAGGAAACAUACACCGCGUACCUGGUAGAGACAAGAUCGUUGGAGCCACCAGCUGAGGGCCAGAAUUCCCCUCUCGAUGCUCUUUGGAGACGAUACAGCGAGUUUGAGUUACUGCGAAACUAUCUCUCUGUCAGCUAUCCAUUCGUGGUUGUUCCCCCGUUGCCAGAAAAAAGGGCAGAGUUUGUUUGGCACAAACUUUCAGCUGAUAACAUGGAUCCGGACUUUGUGGAGAGGAGAAGAAUCGGUUUGGAGAACUUCCUUGUACGAGUUGCUUCGCAUCCCAUGCUCUGCCAUGAUAAAAUCUUUCAUUCUUUCCUUACACAGGAGAGCGGCUGGAAGGAGGCUGUGAAUGAGGCUGGACUACAGAUGAAGACGGACUCCAGAUUAAAAGCACUAAAUGCAACAUUUCGUGUUAAAAACCCAGAUAAGAGGUUUACAGAGUUGAAGCAUUACAGUGAUGAAGUACAGUCUGUUAUUUCUCACCUCCUUCGGGUUCGUGCGAGGGUGGCUGACCGGCUAUACGGCGUGUACAAAGUACAUGGUAACUACGGCAGAGUGUUCAGUGAGUGGAGUGCAAUUGAGAAGGAGAUGGGAGACGGCCUUCAGAGUGCAGGACAUCACAUGGAUGUGUAUGCUGCGUCAAUUGAUGACAUUCUGGAAGAGGAGGAACACUACGCCGAUCAGCUUAAGGAGUAUUUGUUCUACGCUGAAGCCUUGCGGGCUGUGUGCAGGAAACACGAACUCAUGCAAUAUGAUCUGGAGAUGUCUGCCUUGGAUCUGGCGUCCAAGAAACAACAGAGCGAGGAGCUGGCAACAGGGACAAUAAGAACCUUUUCACUGAAGGGAAUGACCAGCAAGUUGUUUGGUCAAGAAACACCAGAGCAGAGAGAGGCCAAGCUCAAAUUGCUUGAAGAACAGAUAGUGGAGGGAGAGGAGCAACUCAAACUGCGCAACGUUGAGAGCAGAGACUUUGUGAAGAACUCAUGGCUGGAGAUCGAGAGAUUUAAGGAGCAAAAGAAUCGGGACCUAAAGGAGGCUUUGAUUAGUUAUGCAGUUAUGCAGAUCAGUAUGUGCAAGAAGGGGAUCCAAGUUUGGACAAAUGCCAAGGAGUGCUUCAGUAAGAUGUGAUCACAGAGAUGACACUCCGUGAAUAUUGCCACACCGUGGGUCUGAUCAUUGUGAGCAGCCAGAGAGCA